AUGGCAGAGGAUUUGACCGCGAAAGUGCUUAACGCCCUGAACUCCGCCGACGGUCCUGUUGUCACAUCGGAAAUCUUUCCCAAUGCCACCUUUGUCAGUGUCAAGUCUGCUGUCGACAAAUUGCGAUCGAGGAAUUUCAUUGAAGCAGAGCAGAUUGACCGGUUGGAACUCGUUCUUACAAAAGAGGGGCUUGAUAUCGCAGAAAAUGGCAGCAAUGGCGCAAGGGUUUUCGAGGCAGUCCGGGCGGCGUUGGAAGGACUGAAGAUCAAAGAUUUACCCUCUGCCGUUGGAGAUGCAAAUGUGGCCAAGUUCGGUUCAGGUGAUGCCUUCAAACUCAAGUGGAUCAAGAAAGAUGGGGACACACUCAAGGCAAUUACGGACAAGAUCCAGGACGAGGUCCAAGAACAGUUGCGCGAGAUCCAGUCCAGAAAAGGCCUGAAUAACCCCAAAGUCGUGGCAGACUUCAAGAAGAGGAAGUAUGUCACCGAGCAGAAGACCAUCGCCUUUAAGAUUUCCAAGGGCCCCCAAUUCUCGACAGAAUUUGUCAAGGAGGAGGCAGAUCUGACAGCCGAAAUGCUGGCGUCCGGGGCGUGGAAGACCGUCCAAUUGAAACCAUAUAACUUCAAAGCAAAAGGUGCACCCACGCAGUCCGGAGCACUUCACCCUCUCAACAAAGUGCGUCAAGAAUUCAGAGAGAUCUUCUUUGAGAUGGGGUUCGAGGAGAUGCCAACAAAUCGUUAUGUGGAGACCGGCUUCUGGAAUUUUGAUGCUCUUUUCGUUCCUCAACAACAUCCUGCUCGCGACCUCCAAGAUACCUUUUACAUCUCAGAUCCUGCAAGAGCCGAUCCCCCUCGAGGAGAUCCAGAACCUCCGGCUGCCGGGGAAAAACCCACACCUUCCCCCUCCCACAAGAGAACAAGGUCGAAGGAGAAGGCCUUAGACUUCAAGAAGUACUGGGAUGAUGUCCGCGCGGUACAUGAAAACGGGAAAUUCGGUUCAAUAGGCUACAGAUACCCGUGGUCAGAAGACGAGUCUUUGCGACUGGUUCUGCGGACUCACACCACAGCAAUUUCUACAUACAUGCUCCACAAACUCGCCCUGAACCCUCGGCCGGCACGGUACUUUUCCAUCGACAGGGUCUUCCGAAAUGAGACGGUCGACCAAACCCAUCUUGCUGAAUUCCACCAGGUGGAAGGUGUGAUUGCUGACUGGGGCCUGACAUUAGGCGGGCUAAUCGGUUUCAUGGAAGUCUUCUUCGGUAAGAUGGGUAUCAAAAACCUGAGGUUCAAGCCCGCGUACAACCCUUACACAGAGCCGAGUAUGGAAAUCUUCAGCUACCAUGAAGGAUUGAAGAAAUGGGUAGAAAUUGGAAACAGCGGCAUGUUCAGGCCAGAAAUGUUGGAGCCUAUGGGCUUGCCAAAGGAUAUGCGGAUAUAUGGUUGGGGCUUGAGUUUGGAGCGACCAACCAUGAUCAAGUAUGGCGUCAACAAUAUCCGGGAACUCCUGGGACAUAAAGUCGACCUCAACUUCAUUGAACAGAACCCUGCUGUCCGCUUACACAAAGAUUAG